AAUGUCAAUAGAAAAAGAAUUUGUUCAAAUUUCCCUCCUCUGGAUUGAAGAAUCAAGAAGUGUCUUUUCUAUAUCAACAUUCUCUUCUCAUUUCCAUUCUCAACUUUCUUGGAUUUUCAAUUUUGAUAUUUGUCUUCAACUCAAUUUGAUAGAAUGGGAAAGACGUUUUUAGUUGAAUACGAUGGAAGGCCUUCUUCUGAUUACUUCCAUUGCAGUAGAUGCAGCACUCGAGUUGCAUUCAUCGCGGAUUACAUUGAGAUUGAUGUUGAGCUACCCUACGUGCCACAAGGGAUCUUUACUAAAAUGUUUAAUGUUGAAGUACCAGAGGGCGAGUCAUAUCAUGAAGUAAAAGAUGACAUGACCCUAACUGAUACUUACUGCAUCGAAUGCAGAGACCGGCUCGGGUGGAAACUUAUUGAAGUCCCCCAAGACUGUUGGUAUGAAGAAGGACAAUUCUUGAUGAUGUUGGAUAAGCUUAGUUACUGUAAUGGUCAACUCUUGGCUCAUAAUCAAGCUGGAUGUGCUAAUGAGGGAAAUGCUGAUCAAGAGGGAGGCGCUAAUGAGGGAAAUGCUGAUCAAGUGGGUGGCACUAAUGAGGGAAAUGCUGAUCAAGAGGGAGGCGCUAAUGAACUAGUUCCUAAUGAUCAAGAUGGAGGCGGUAAUGAGGAAAAUGUUGAUCAGGAUGGAGGCGGUAAUGAACAAGAUGGAGUCUCUAAUGAACAAGUUCCUAAUGGGCAUUAUUGAUCUAAAUCCAAACAUUUGAACUAACGACUGAUGAAAAUGCAGACAUCAAUAGCUUCAUACUGAUGA